AUGCUUUGUUGUUCAAUGUCUGUUGUACGUCAUCAACUUGUGCCUUCUCCAUCAACAAGUGUAAAGGAAAGCAGGGAGAAGCCAACAACGUCUAAUGGUGAUCAUACAAAAUCUGAAGUAUUGACAACGUCGCAUCCAUUGAUUUCUGACGGCAAAAACAUCUCAGAUCCACAAAUUGUCAAUAAAUGGACGAAUGAAUUUUUGCCAAGGCCAGAACCUCCCCGUUUUUUUCGACCGCUAUGUAAUAGACUUGCAAGGCAAAAUCAAAUUCUUCAAGAAUUGGAGCAAAAGCAUCACGAAAAUACUAAAAAAAUAAUUGCGGAAGCAAAGCGAAGAAUGGAAAUGUCAAUAAGACAAACAAGGGAUGAACAGAAAGUUCAACUUAAAGAAAAAAGGAAAAAAAUUGACAAGAAUGUUAAUAAAAGUUCCUUCCCCUUAGAAAAGAUGUCAACCAGUGUUAAUCAACAAAAUUCUAACAAUAAUUGCGGGCAAGGAUUAUAUUUGCGGGCAAGGAUUUUUCGGGUUGUACUUUUUUAUGUACUUUGUGGUUUACUCAAUAAAUUAAAUUAA